AAGAUACCUGUUGUAUCUACCGUUACUGUUAUUAUUUUACUGUCUAAACUUUUAAAAUGUUUAUAAACGAUGUUAAUAAAAAGGAAGAUAUAAGAAAAAUCGCUGUGCAAUCUCUUCGAAAAUAUGGCAUAAAAUUUAGAGAAAAACAUCAUAGACAAAUUUCACAAGUUUCUAAAAGUACGAGAUUCUUUAAAGUACGUUUGCAAAAUCUUGAAAAUGAAACCAUAACUUUAAAGAAUGGUCAACAGUUAGUCAUUCCUAAGCAACUGUAUGAAAUAUGCUGUUUCAUAUUCAAUCAUGUAGACACUGAGGGAAUAUUUCGUAAAGAAGGAUCUCGAUCAAGACAACAAGAGAUUAAGUUGCUGUUGGACAGAGGUUGUUUGUUAGAUGAUCAGCAUGUGAUUGACGUUGCAGUAGUUUUAAAAUAUUUCUUAAGGGAGCUGCCCGAACCACUCAUUCCUUAUUCGUUUCAUGAAUUGUUUUUAAGGUGCUCGUUAAUCGAAAAGAAAAUUGAAGCCAUUUUGUUGGCAUGUUUGCUGUUGCCAUCGGAACAUUUAAAUGUACUUUCUUUCUUAAUGCAGUUUUUUAGCGAAGUAGCGAAUCGUUCACAUUAUAAUAAAAUGAAUAGUUCUAACCUUGCAACUGUGGUAGGCCCUAAUAUAUUCCCAAUUAGUGAAAAAAUUGAUGCUAAAAAUAAGCUUAUGGUUACAAAGUCCUGUAAUAUAAUUAAGAUAAUGAUAGAAAAUUCGCAUCACAUAGGCGAAAUACCAGAUUAUAUAAUAGAGCAAAUAGGGGAUUCGGCAACUUCGGGUCAGCACGUAAAUAUUGAUAUGAAAAUGAAAAGGAGAAGUGGGUCUUUUACAAGAAUUUUUCACGGUCUGAAAAAAAUUGUGGGAAAUAAAUUGGACGAGGAUAUAAUGUAUAAUACCGUAACGCCCGAUUUACUGUUGACUCCAACUUUCCACCAUUCGGGAAAAAGGCAAUACGAAAAGACAUUACCACGGAUCAAAAAAAAUGAAGAGAUCAUAAAUCGAAAAAGUGAAACCCACAAAGCGAUAAAUCGUAGAUGGUCGUCUAUUACGCAAGCAUCAAUUAAAAAGAAAAAGAGACAUUCGUUAAUUGACACAUCGAGUAAAGAAUUUUAUGAACUGAGAAGCGACAGAAGCAAAAACUUAAACGAUCAUCUGCAAGUUUCGGAAAAAGAAUAUGAGGAUAUCAAAAACAGAGUGUGUAAAAUCGAGAAGGAACUCUCGAGGGAAUUGGAAAACGUUAAACCGAAAUCUGUUUCCGUUAACGACAUGAAUGUAGGGUUCGGUGGCACUAUCAAUAACAUCCAAUCAGCAUACGAACAGACGUUGGUUCAAACCGAACCACUAAGUCCGACUACAGACCAUUUAGCUAGACGUCUGAGCAGGGAACUUCGAAUUCGGACAACAUCGGAACAAAAAAUAAUUAGGUCGCCGAGUGCCAGAAAAAUAGGAAAUAUGAAAAGACGGUCUAGGGAAUUAGAGAAACCAAAUAAUAAGAUUUUUAAAAGCUCUUCAUUCCAAUUCGCCGACAUUAACAACUCGAAUAACGACGGAAUUAAUUGUUCGUCACCCGACGACAUUAAAUUCAGAGAGGAAGAUAUGACAAUAGUCAACGGACAAAAUCAAUAUUACGGUGUUCCUGAACUGACAAAUUACUCUUAUAAAUUAAAUAGCCACUUAUCCGUUAACCCGCUCGACCAGCACAAAAUCAACCGUUUUAAAACGGACAAUUACAUAAACUCGAAAGUAUUAUCUAACGGCAUGUCACCAUUUAAAUUCAACGGCGGAAGUACAAAUUUAUUCGAAAAUAAAGACGCUGUGUGUAAAAAUAAAUGUGCUUCUAUAAACGAUUUGUUAGGUAAUAUAAUUUUUAGUAAUGAUCAUCUCGAAGGAGAUUCCGUAAACAAUUGUGUUAAAAUUUCAAAAUUGAAAGAUAAGUCUGUAAAACCAAAUAAUGCGUCUUCCGUAAAGAGGAACAUCAAUUUAAAACAGAAAUGGAAAAGUGAAAAGGCGUCCCACACGAAACGAUUGAGCACGAACAGCAAAGAGAAUUUAAUGGCUUUUGCAGAUGACGCUGCGAACGGCAAAUAUAACAAUUUACCAUACAUUAAAAAGUCAUUGAUCGUUAAGUCUCCGAAACGCUUCUGCGGAACCCCCACAUCCAUUAAAAACACUCCUUUAAAGGUAUUGUCUGCUUCCCAGUGCCUUAAUACGAAUAUAUCUUUUUAAAAGUACUUCUUUACUCGUUAGGUGAAUAAACCGGAGUAAACAU